UCAGUUGUUCAUGCAAAGUCUUGGCCUCCGGUAGUUGUAAGCUCUGGGCUCAUGGUCAAAUGGUCAAAUAACAGUAUUUUUCACGUUUUCAAGUAACGUUGGCAAUUUUCGGCUUUAUAAUAUGCAGUCUAGUGUGCGGGGAAUCCUCGUUAUUGUUGUUGGAGAAGUGAAGCAGCUAGUACAAGUUACUCUGUCGUGCUGAAAACAUCACACUUGGGAUUUGGAAAGCCACGAGAUCUUGUUGGUUAUUAUCGCAAUGGCGGAUAUCAGCAUCCAGCAUUUUUAUGGAGGUCGAUCUGUUUUUGUUACUGGAGUUACCGGAUUUAUGGGCAAAGUCUUGGUCGAAAAACUUCUCAGAUCUUGUUCGGAUAUAGACAAAAUUUACCUUUUGAUCAGAACUAAACGUGAAGUGAUCCCCAGCACUCGUCUACGGGAAUUGAUAACCAACAGCCAGGCGUUUGAAUGGCUACGACAAAAUCAACCCGAUGCCUUAAAAAAGUUGAUUCCAAUCAGCGGUGACGUGUCAUUAUCGAAUCUUGGCAUUUCACCAACCGACAUGCGAGAACUUAUUGACAAUGUCUCUGUCGUUUUCCAUCUGGCAGCUAGAGUCAAGCUCGAUAAUAAUCUCAGGGAGGCCAUGGAUUGUAACGUUAAAGGACCAAAACGAGUGCUCAUCCUCUGUCAACAAUUAAAGAAUCUGAAGGUGUUGGUUCAUGUUUCUACCACUUACAGUAAUGUGGAUAAAAAAGAGCUGGCUGAGCAGAUUUAUCCCGCAUCGCUCGAUCCCCAAAAGCUGAUGGAUUUGGUGGACUCGAUGGACGACCAUUUGUUAGCCAGCUCCACUAAACAAUUAAUUGGAAAUUUUCCAAACGUUUAUGCUUACACAAAAGCUCUCGGUGAGAAUACUAUUGAGGAUCUAGCUCAAUGUGAAGGCAGACUUCCUCUAGUGAUUGUUCGACCUUCCAUUGUCAUUGCUGCAAUAAGGGAACCCAUACCUGGCUGGGUGGAUGAUUUUAAUGGCCACAGUGGUGUACUAGCUGGAAUGUUGAAAGGAUUUAUAAAUACUGUCAAAGCUAAUGCUGAACUCAUCACCGACUUGAUGCCAGUUGACAUUCCAAUUAAUCUGAUGAUAGCUGCAGCUUGGGAUAAAGGAAUUUGCGAAGAAUCAAACGAGUCGAUAUCGGUGUAUAACUGCGCAUCUGGGACACUGAAUCCUAUUAGAUGGUGGGAAUUCAAACUUUGGGGUAUGCGUGCCUUCGAUAAGUUUCCUUGCAAAGAAAUGAUGAGAUGCCCCGGCGUCAAACUACGAACCAACAAUCUGAUUUAUGAAAUUGAACUUGCACUGUAUCAUAAAAUACCGGCCUUCUUUAUGGAUGCAGUCACCCGGUUGAGUGGCAAGAAACCUUUUCUGACUCGGCUGUACCAGAGAACGCAUAAGGUUAUGUCAUGUGUGGAAUUUUACAAUCUUCGUGAAUGGCAAUUUGUCAGCCGCAACGCUUCCUAUUUGAUGGGCAAGAUGUCAGAUGAUGACCGAAACACUUUCAACUUUGACGUGCGACAAAUCGACUGGGAAUCCUACUUGGAGGUUUACGUUUCAGGAGUUCGACAAUUUCUAAUCAAAGACGACCUGGGCACAUUACCUGCUGCGAGAAAUAACUUGAAACGGAUGAAACGAUUCAGAGCCCUGACAUACAUUAUUAGAGAAAUGGACUGA